CGGAUAUUUCUCUAUUCUCAUGAAUUCUUUCGGUGCUGUCAGAAAAUUUAAGUUUUUUAAUUUACCUGUGGUUCUGGGCGGUUCAUUAAGAGAUGACUUCUCUUACAACCACAGAAUUACCAUCAAACCAGAAUGUGACGGAUAAUUCUCAAAUUAAUUUAGGCAUGGAAAAUGAAAUUAUAUUACAAAAUAAUUCAUCUGAUGUUACAAUAUCCAAAUUUGAAACAUCGACAAAUUUACCAACCACAACAAAUACACCUGUAACAAUGAAAACCCUACCAGUUGUGUACAUACAAGCACCAUUCACCACAAUCAGCAACAGCAAUAUUAUUAAUGUUAACAACGUACCACAAUUUCAGUUCGCCACAUUGGGACAAAACUCACAAACCAAAAUGCCCACAACUUCACAAAACGUUAUUUUCGCGCCUGUUAAGCCACAAAUCUUGCUGCAGAAACCAAAGUUAGCGGGUAUUAACUUGGCAAUGCUGAAAGCUGUGGGGAAAACUUCCGAAACACCCAUCACAACCGUAAACAACACUCAAGAUGGGGUUUCAGUUUUAACCACAAACUCCAUUAACCAUGUACUGGGACGGCUUCCAAUUACCCCCAAAACGGCCGUAUUUAAACCCAAAAAACCCGAUGGUGAACAAAAAAUAAUCAAUUUUACGUUUAUGAAUGGGCAGCUGCAACAGGACCCACCAAUCUGUGAUAAUAAAAUGAGUGAGAUUAUAGAGCAGGAUAAAUUCCCCGCAAUUCUCAAGGAGCCCAUCAAAUUUCCCAAACACGGCAUCUCAAUUCUGAAGAAGAAUUAUUCGUUUGGGGACAAAAAAACUAAAGCCACCAGUAUAAAUGUAGUAAACAGUUUAAAUUCGGUUUCAGAUGCACCCCUGAAAGAGAUUGAACCGAUUGUUAUAAGCGAAAUUAACAAUAAAAAAUCGAGAAGAAAAUCGAAUUUUUCCAUCAGGAAGGAUUACGAUGACGUGGAAAUAAUUAUGAGCAGCGAAAAUGAUGACGUCAAAACCGAAGAAAUAGACACCAAAGAGAAUUUGGUGAAGAUUGAGAAGUUGGAUGUAAAUAUGAAUGAUGAGUGUGAUGUGGAGAAAAUGCUGAAAUGGGAGGAUGGGAUCGGUUCUUUACCGGGCAGUGACGUCAAAUUCAUCAAAAACGAGUUUGAUAUUGUGGAGUAUGUGACCAGAGAGGAAUACUUGAAGUUAUUGGAGAAGAAACUGAAUAAGACUAAUUUGGAGAAGAUUGAAUAUCACGAGGAGAUGAGGUGUUUGGAGUGCGGUUGUUUCGGAUUGCCAUCGGAGUUUAUAAGUCCUAAAUAUUGCAGUAACAGUUGUCAGGAUGAGAAUCUAAACAAAAGCGGUAAAGAUAGGGUGAAGAAGAAAAGAAAACGCGGGAAGACGGAAAACAACAAUAAAGAAAGCGAGGAAGAAGACGAGGAUAUAUCGAACGAAAACUCGCAAGACAAAUUCUCGUAUCCAUGGGCGUGCGCGAAAAAGGGUUUUUCGUGGUCGAAAUAUUUGGAGCACAUCAAAGCGAAACCGGCCCCGGUGAAACUGUUCAAGGACGCUUUUCCGUACAGUCGGAACGGGUUCAGGCCCGGCAUGAAACUGGAAGGGGUCGACCCCCAGCAUCCCUCCUACUUCUGCGUUCUCUCCGUGGCGGAAACGGCCGGAUACCGGAUCCGGUUGCAUUUCGACGGGUACCCGGACAACUACGAUUUUUGGCGCAACGCGGACUCCAUGGACAUCUUUCCGAUGGGGUGGUGCGAAAAGUACGGCCACGUUUUGCAACCGCCAAGCGGUUACACGGUGGACAAUUUCAAUUGGAUACAGUAUUUGAAGGUUACCAAGUCGACUGCCGCCCCGAAACACUUGUUCUGCAACCGAGCUGGAAAUGCGAUUUGUCCUAACGGCUUCAGGGUGGGAAUGAAGCUUGAAGCCGUGGAUAGAAAGAAUACGGCCCUGGUUUGUGUGGCCAGCAUAAGGGAUAUGAUGGACAAUAGGAUUUUGGUGCAUUUUGACAGUUGGGAUGACAUUUAUGAUUACUGGGCCGAUCCUACGUCGCCUUAUAUACACCCUGUCGGUUGGUGCGAUCAGUAUGGGCACAAUUUGACUCCUCCCAAUGACUACCCGAGCCCGGAGACCUUCACCUGGGAGACGUACCUGAAGGAGACGAAGGCGGUGGCGGCGCCCGUGCGCGCGUUCAAGCAGCGCGCCGCCUGCGGCUUCCGGCGCGGCAUGCGGCUCGAGUGCGUGGACAGGCGCGUGCCGCAGCUGAUCCGCGUCGCCACCGUCGACGACGUCAAAGAGCACCAGAUCCGCAUCCACUUCGACGGCUGGCCGGAUCGCUACAGCUACUGGGUGGACGACGACUGCGCUGACAUACAUCCGAUCGGCUGGAGUCACAAGACCACGCAUCCCCUCGAACCCCCCUUAACACCAGACGACGUUUACGACUUCCUGGAGUGCCCCACGGUGGGAUGUCGGGGCCAGGGUGACGUACGAGGUCCGAAAUAUCAAACCCACUCCACGCAAAAGCACUGUCCGUACGCGGAAGAAAACAUAGACGCGGAAAAAAUCCUUCCCGACCGCCUUUUGAGUCCCGACAAACUCCUAGAGGCAGUGGUCCCCGUGUCGAGAGAACCUCGAGAAAAACCGAAAGCGAGACUGGGACGGCCGCCCAAAAACCCACCAAAAGUUGAGCCUUUGGACGAGUAUAAUCCGAGUAAAAGGGAACAGCAAAAACCAAAGCGGAAGUACCGGAAGCGCGUGAAACAGGAACCCGAAGACCCGUCCGUGGAGGAAAACUUCAAAAUUCUGAUAGAGCAAGCAAAUUUCACCCCAGCGGAGAAAGAAGCCUUCAAAAAGCACACCAAGUUCCUCAACGAGGUCGUUUGCGUCGACGAAGACCCCCGAACGUGGUCGAAAAGCGACGUUGCGCAAUUUGUGGCGACGGUGCCAAGUUGCGACGGCAUGGGUGACGGUUUCAUCGAGCAGGAAAUCGACGGCGACGCCCUUUUGGCGCUCACCCAAAAAGACAUUUUCGAUUUGAUGGACAUCAAGUUGGGCCCCGCAAUAAAACUGUACAACAGUAUUCUCCUGUUACGGCAGCAAAUCAAUAAUCGCGUUUUCGAUUGAGAGGUAAAUUAUUGUAUCACGUUAAGUUUUCUUAUUAUUUUUUUUUGAUGUACAUGUUUGUAUUAUAUUAUGAAUAAAAUCUAAUUUUCA